AUAAAAGACUGAUAAGCGGUAGAUGUUAGCCAUCUACCGGCAUGGUGUGGGUAGAUGUGCCCAGGACCCCAAAGAGUCCUGACAUCCCGGCGGAACUAGGGAGAGCACACCAAGAGGCCAUGUUCGAGAAGUCUGUUGUAGUUCCCCCUGUCAGAACCAACGAAAACGGGAACGCCAAUGUUGACAGGAUCCAAAAGGACGUAAACCACAACCGUGCCACGGAAAUACCCAGGACUUUCGACCUUAGUGACAGUGAGAUUGAGAAGAAAAUAGUGUCACUUCACCACCAGCUGCGCGACGUCCGCGGGGAGUUUAUGUCCCCGAAGUCUGUGGACUCUGACGACCUUGUGCCCGAGAAUGAACGGCGCAGCAGCGACGGCCGCCGAUCCGACUCCUUGACAGAAGGCACGGGAGGAGGAGGGGGAGGGGGAGAGACGGAUAACUCGUCCUGCCAUGGAAAUCCCCAGCGAAUCCUGGACCUGAGACGGGAUGGAGAUAAUCUGAACCAGAGGAAAUCGUCGACAGAAGGCGGAUUGGAUAACUACCCUCGCCUGUGCAUCGUGGAUAAUGCGACCGCUGCUGCAAGGAACGGCCAGGAGGGAGGUCGCGACGCUGUCCUAAACGACUUUCCUGAAGACGGCAGCGAGGACGACGUCGAGGGGCGUUACUACGACCCGGGGAGGUACCGCAGGGACACCUCGAGCGACAGGGGCUCCGAGGCGAGUGACCUGACGGAGGUGACAAGCGAGUGUUCCGGAGAGACGCUUCUCCUCGGCGCGUCGUCCUCCUUAAGCGACCGCUUCGCCGACCUGCUCUCGCUGUCGGAUUCCGAGCAGUGCAACGAGGACGAGCUGGGUGUGGAGGUGGAGUUCAGCGAGGACGGGCUCAGCCUCGAGAGCGAGGAAGAGGCCGACACGUGGGAACACCUCGACGAGCCCUCCGAGUCCAGCGAGCGCCUCGGGUCCCGCCACCUGGACCUCGACCACGGCGCCCUCAAGGCCAGGGUGAGGACGACCUUUUCGCCCACACAGGACGGCUUCUCCUUCGCCCUGGAGGACCUGUCGCCGCUGCGAGACGACCUUACGUCGGACCCACACGGCCUCUCGCUCAUGCUGGCAAACCUGCCGGCGGAGAGGGGGAGUGGCCUCUGGCAGGAGGUGGACGAAGACUGGUCGCCCACGCUCGAGGGCCUCUCCCCCAUCACGCUGGAGGAGCUGUCGUCGCCCGAGCUGGAGGAUACGCUCGAGGACGCGUCCCCCCACGACGACCCCAGCGGCAGCGACGACGAGGAGCCCCAGGAGUACUUGUUGCUCCCGCUGGGGUCCUGCGAGGAGAAGACGGGGCGCAGCGGGGGCCUCCUGGCCAGCUGUCAGGUGCCGGAGAGCGUGGCGGAGGUCCCCGAGGCCGUGCUCAACGCGCUGGCCGACUCCUGCUGUUCGUCGCCGCUCGGGAGGAGGCCACUGCCCCCGGCGGCCCCAGGGCGCUCGCCGGGCUCGCAGGGCCUCCGCCGGCGGCUGAAGAGCCCAGCCAGGGACGCCUCCUCCGCCGCGAGCAGUCCCCGCCAGAGGCGCUCCCAGCCGCCCUCGCACAACCUCAGGAUCACGUGCGAGACCCCUAGAAGCCCCGACUCCGGACUGGGAAGCUCGGAGCCCCUGCGGGAGGAGGAGGAGGCGCUGGGGCCCAAGUUCUUCGCCGACCUGUGUCGAGUGUGGCCCGACAUCAUCGUCAGGUUGGCUCAUGACAUCACGCUCGAGUCCCCGUCAGUCGAGGACGCCCCCGACCCCCCCGACCCCCCGAGCCAGGCGGUGGAAGGGGGGCGGCGCCCCAGCAUUCCUGUGGCCGUGGUGGCGGAGGAAGCCCUCCCGGAUAGCCCUCGGGCGCCGGGCAGUCCGCGGGGGCAUCCUGGAGGGAAAUGCUGCUCAGACGAGGACCCUUGCUGCCCGCAGCUCAUGGCCGAGCACGCGGUGGCCGCCGCCGCCUGCGGAAGCCCCAAGCGCCUCCCGCCGCAGGGCAGUGCCUGCGGCCUCGGGCCCGUGCCUGAGUGCCGGCCUGCAGCCAAUGUCGUGCCCGAGCCCCAUCUGCGGCAGCCCCGCCCCGCGCCGCCCGCGCGCGCCUCCGCCCGGAGGGUCCUCAGGCCCUUCGAGCUACGAGAGCGUGGACAGCAGCGAUGGCGACGCCGUCAACGAGUUCUUCCCGCCCGACAUGAUGGCGGAGCUGGCGGAGGAGGAAGAGGACGAGGACGAGGAGGGCGGAGGCGCCGCCACGCCCCCCGAGGACGACCUCGAGGGAGCCGUGCGCCCGCUCGCCUGGGACCAGCGGCCGGGCGAGAGGAAGCGGCGGAAGCUGCCCGAGAUUCCCAAGAACAAGAAAUCGUUCAGCACGGCGAGCAUCCUGGCCCUGCGGACGCCCAACCUGGCGGAGGAGCUGCAGGAGGCCGAGUCAGGCGUCGCCUCCAGGAGCUCCACGCCCGACGCCCUCACGCUCAUCAACAACCACUCCAGGCCCAUCCUCGUCCUCAAGUGCCACUCCUAUAUCAGAGGUAA